UUAAAUCAGUAGGUCGGUGACAGAUCAGCAGGGUUGGCAAUCCUUCCAAAAUUCCUCGUCUCAAGUACGCCAUGAUCAGCCGUGAAUUCUAGAAAAGGAGUGUUGUUUGAGUUUUAAUACAAUUUGAAGGGUUUCUAGAAUAUGUCAGCUGCUGGUUCAAGUGGUUCAGGCCGUGGCAGAGGACAAGCUUCUGUAAGUGACCAGAAAGAAACAAAAGAGCCUAAGCCUAACCCAAAAAUGUCCAAAGCUUUGGGAACAUCUGCUAAAAGAAUUCAAAAAGAGCUCGCUGAGAUCACUUUGGAUCCUCCCCCAAAUUGUAGCGCUGGGCCUAAGGGCGAAAAUUUCUAUGAAUGGGUCUCAACUAUUUUGGGCCCUCCUGGAUCUGUUUAUGAAGGUGGAGUGUUUUUCCUAGACAUUCACUUUUCACCAGAAUAUCCAUUUAAACCUCCAAAAGUGACGUUCCGUACUAGAAUUUACCACUGCAAUAUCAACGGCCAAGGUGUGAUAUGUCUGGAUAUUUUAAAAGACAACUGGUCCCCAGCAUUGACCAUUUCCAAAGUUUUGUUGUCGAUUUGUUCUUUGUUGACUGAUUGCAAUCCAGCUGAUCCGUUAGUUGGAAGCAUAGCAACACAAUAUUUGCAGAACCGUGAAGAACAUGAUCGCAUUGCCAGAUUAUGGACAAAACGUUACGCCACGUGAUUGGCUUCACUCCAUCUCAAUUCUUCCAUUUGUGGUUCCGUUGUGCCAGUCCAGGCAGAAAUGGUAAUUCUCAUAUAAAACCUUAUUGAACUGUCUUCGUUUUUUCUUUCCUUACAUUAUUUCAUAAAAUUCGCGAAUCUGUUUCAUUGUAUAUUUAUAGGUUACAAAAUUCAUAAUAAAUUAUUUUUGAACUGAUACUUUGGACGGAGAAAUUGCUGGUUGUACUCCAAUUUUAGACCUCUUAAUACUGCCCAUUAAAUAGAUUUUUUAUUAUUUUUUUUUUCUUGGAUCCAAAAUAAUUCAACUUAUACGGGUGUUUAAAUUCUGGCACAGGCAAUUUAGGAUUAACCAAGACUGGUUUCACAUUUGGGUAGCGUUAUAUCUUGGUCGACACUGUGGUUCUUGUUCUAUCACAGAGUCAAAAGUGUGUAUUUUAAUGUAAUAAUAAUAUGGAGAACAAUAUAUACAAAUUUAAGUGCCAAUAACCGCUUAAAAAAUCAAAAAGAAAUGAAUAAUAUAAUCCAAAACACUAGGAUCUAAGCAUCCUGCUCCGGGCAAAUAUGAUAAUAGUGAAACGGUGGAGGCCAAAACUGCAAUUUUGGUCAUACAAUUUAUUUUAUUCUUUGAUAGCAGUAAUUUUGUUUUUUUGUUUUUUUUAAAUAUCUGGUACAGUGUUGAAACUAUUUUCAAUUGGUGGUGGUAGUGCUUAAUAUAGGUGGCAAUGAAUUUAAUAUAAAUUAAAUGAAAACCCAAACAAACAAAACAAGAUGGGAUAAAUUAUUGUAUUUUAAUUUUAAUUCAAUAAUUUUUUUGGUUGAAUAAAAAGUUGAGAUGCGAAAUUUGUAAGGGAUCUAUUGAAUUAAGCAUUUUUGUCUUUUGGAUUUCCCUGUCCUUUCUCUUUGAAAAAUGUAUCAACUUACAAGUUGACAUAUAUAAAAAAAAGUAUACAUCAUACAAAAAAAGAACAUCCUUUAUACUGACCAAACGGCAGUGGUAAGUCGGUAUGUAGGAAGCGGAGAUAAGUAAUUUAUUCAAAUUAGAAAGAUAUAAAUAUAAAAAUAAUAUUUUGUGCCCCAAUUAAAUAAGUCACAUAACCACCAUAUCAAUUUUAUUCUGUAGAGCUUAUAAACUAAAAUAAAAAUCUGACAAUUUAACGUUGCUGGCGCAAGGAAAACCACGCAGAAGCCAGAUCCUUCGAAAUCAUCGCACUAAACUGUCAUCGUAAUUGCUCCGCAUAACAACUUAGCAGUGUUCAAUAAGCCUUUUUGAGGACUCACCUAUUGAUUCAGAUUAAAUCUGACCAACUGAACUGUUCUGAUAAUAAUUUUGAUAAUUUUAAUUAAUAAAGUUCAACAUAUAAAAAUUAAAGUAAACAUAGGUAACUAAGAAAUAUCAAAAAAACAAUGCUUGAAAGACAAAUUAAUGUUAGUAAGAGCAAAUCUUUUGAUUGAUUGGGGCGUAGUAUGUGACACAUUGGGAUCAAUGUCGGGGCAGGGUUAGGACACUCGACACAUUUGCUCUACAACCGACUGGGGUAUCCUCUAACAAAACGCGAUCGCUGGUAGCAAGUGUUUUCAAUAAAUUUCACUUAAGUAUCAAUGCCUGUUCUACUAUUUAAAUGCCUACUGCCCCAUAUUUGGAACAGAGCAAUUAUACUGAAUAUUUGUGCGGCACCACAAUUUUAAGUUUCUGUCAUAUUUAUUUAUUUUUUGCAAUACAAGUUAAUGAAGAUGACCGGCAGCUCUACCACUAUAUUUGCAUUGAAAAUGCUUUUAUUUGGGGUUCGCCACAUUUCUCUAUUCAGAAUAAAUCUAUUUUCUUCUGUGUAGUCCAGGUAAUGUUGUGUUCAUGUCUUAAAGUUCUCUUAGAAAUUACGGAAGUUCCUUGGCUGUUCUUAAUCGUCCUAUGUUGCGGUGAAUGAAAAAUUUGUUUCGGAAAAAAAGUCAUUUCGCACUAUUUAUUCAAAUAAACUUUGUUUGGGAAAAAUUUAAUGCCAAACUUUACUUGUCAGUUCGAAAAUUAAAAAUUAUGUAAAAUGUAGUUCUCUGAAAUAAGUCGACUUGCAGCGAAUUAUUGAUACAAUCGUAAUUUGCCAGUGGUCUUGAAAUGUUGUGCAAUUAACUCCAAUGUAGAUUGUUUAGGCAGAACUACAUGUUUUUGUUUCAAUUGCAAUGUGUUUGUUAUUAUAAAAUUAACAAAAUAUUGCAGUAAUAGCCUGAUCAGAUUUUUGUUUUUUUUUUUCACAAAAUUGUAAGAGAAUAUGGACUAUUCUUCUAGGUAUUGUUUAGUUAAUAUGUAAUUGUAAUAAAUUUUUAG